UUCUUGCUGACCGCUUUGUCUUUCUUCCUCUUCUGUCUGAGAGGCGGCUCAGCCGGGGACAUCACGACAUUUGUUGCCUGCCGCCGCUGCACUGAAGCACGGAAGUUAGCCAUGACAUCUUCCCACAUCAUCGGGUACUCUAGCAACGAAAUGCACAUCAGGUCAGUCAGUCGGGCAUCGCACAAAUUCACACGCAACCUAGACUUAAUGAUGUUCUGGCGGCUGAAGCCGCGCUCGCACUCUACUGUGCUGAGAGGCAUAACAGCAACAGCCACCCAUAAGCGGACGAGGUUGGGAUAGGAGGUGCGCCAGUCUUCGGAUCUGAGAAUGUUCUUCAAGCAGUUGUGGAAUGACGUAUCCUUGUAAUGACCGUGGAGCAUGCGUGUGAAUCGAGGCAGCUCUCUUUCCGCCUUGCCCCAAUCAACUCCUGAACAAGGGAGGGUAAAUAACCACAAGUCACUAAGUCACAGCCUGACACAUCACAAGGUGGGAGGGGGGGGAGGGCUUCCACGUGCAUGGUUAAUGUAAGGUUGAGUGAAGAAAUCCUCACCCGGCAAGGCACACUGUUCGGCGUUGAAGAGGACCUUUAGUGAACCGAACCACUCGGCGCACAGACGGUCGCGCUUUGCAACGGAGUCGGGGUAAGCAUCGGGGAAGAACAGUUUCGACCCACGGAGACUGUUGAGGCUCUCCAUCCGCGUCUCCAAGUUGCGGAUGAUGGCCUGCACAAAAAGGGUGACAAGGGAGAUGCAUGACUCCAUGUCUCCCUCACUCUUCUGGCCUGACAGAGCUUUCUCGUGCAGCUUAAAGGUGUGAGCCGUCGGGUUGCCAGCGCCGUCAAUGCCCUCCAUUGUCACCAUCCGCUUGUUCUUCGGGCCAUGCUCCUCCAAAAACUCGGUGAGUAGCUUGGAAUCCUCGCCGAAGUUGACGCCAUACUCCACGUAGCGAGAGCGGAGGAUGCUGCAUGUGUUCUCUACUAGCUGGGCCACCUUGGUGGGAAGGACAUAAGGUAAAUUAGUUGAAGGGACAGGAGAGUUAAUAAGUUUAGGAACAAGAUAUUAAAAGUGCACGCAGGGCAAACACUCACCGCACGGCGCUGGAACUUCUUGUUCAAGUUGUUGAGCUCCUUAAGAACAUCAGCCAGGAAAAACAGAAGGAAGUGGAACUUAAAGCUGCUAACGACAUGGUACAUGUCAUCAUCGAACUCAUACAACAGCAACACUGCAGCCGGAAAGACUUGCACGAGACGCUGAAUGGCAUCACCGCGAGACAACCAGCGAAUGUCUUUGAUACCCUGCAUUUCAAGUGUCGUGUCGUGGAUGAGACUCUGCAGCUCCUGGAAUCUUGAGUGCACGACAAUGGAGGAGCCAAGGAUGUCGGCUAGGCUUCGGACGACUUUGUCGACGAUAUCGAGGUCGGGACAACCGUUGGCAACAUCCUUAGCCGCGAGCGCCUCUCUGCAAAGAGCACGUAACUAAGAUUAGCGAUGUUUCUGGAUGCCAGGGUACCACCAUACAAAUGUAUGAUUCAACAAUCUCACCUGUGGGCGAUGCAAUGACAGGACACGAGAUGCGGGACCCUGGCGCGAAGCUGAGCGACAAGGCCGCGGUCUACGGAGGUGGGUUCAAGGUGGUCCAGCAGCAGCGUCAGUAGAGAGGUCGCAUCACACCUCUCAACUGUUAGGUGCCCGAAAAACUCGGUCACCACCUUGGCGUUCUUCAAGAAGGUGAGGUACACAAUCAUGUGUUUACCACGCCUCCUAUCGGUGCUCUCGUCGAGCUGGAUGCCCACGAAUGGCGACUGUUGAAUGUGCUUCAUCUGCUGUGCUCGUAGGUAAACGACGAGUGCUUCUGUGAUUUGCUUGAAGCCGUACCUACAGCAGGAAAAAAAUCAACGGUUAGAGAGUUUUUAACAUUUAAGUUAACCAAAACGAUUGCAGAGCCCAACUUACUGAGAUUGGUAAGACCCGGGGGAUUUCUCGGGGAUGUGGGGAGUGCGGAGAUCAUAGAGAAGACGGACCAGAGAAACAAACAUGGCAAUAGAAGCAUCAGACUUGCAAAUCCAAAGCACAACAAUCAUCAACUGCCUGAGCCGCGCGUCGGCUCCCUGAUUGUCGUUGAAAUCGACAAUGCUCGGCUGCGCAGCGUUUAGGCCAUCCAACUGUUUCUGCCGAUCCUCCGCAGCCUCGUGCUUCUUGCUUUGGGAGUGCUUCACCAUCGUCUGCUUCUGAAUGUCGACACCUCCAUUGCCGUAUUUGCCGUACUGCCACUUCGGAGGAGCGUGCGCCAUGCACAAUCGACACUUCAUGCACGGACGUCUGUCGGGGCGUUGGUCGAUGAGCAGCCAGGGGAAUUUUCGCACCCACUGCUCUUUGGCCUUCGCCUUCAGUUCUGCAAGAAGUGCAUUGGGGUCGGGGAUGAGACGAGAGUGGCUUCCCGUGCUCGGCAUCGGAUCAGGGGCUGAAGCAGACGUUCCAGCCUCUUGGGUCGCAGAUGGCGUUGCAUCAGCAGCAGGUCGGGAAGUCUCUAGCCUGAUGUGAGGAACUCGGGUACGCGCAAAUCGAAUGGUGCUUUGCGUGUACCUUCCAGCAGGCAGUCUUGAAGGCAGUGCUGGGAUCGCGGCUACUGAGAGUGGAGGCGAAGGGAUCCCCGCGGAAGCAGUGGGAGAGCUAGGAGAGGCAGCAGGAGUGGAUGCGAGCAAAGGCUCAGCAUCAAUGUCCGGGAGUAAGUCAGAGAAAGGCAGAGGCACGGCUGGGGAACUAACAGCUAGCGCGGGCACGGCCUCUGGCGUCUCUCGCCUAGGCGGAGGCUGGCGUAGAAAAUCCAGGCCCCUCAUUAGGGGUGCUGUAGCAGGAACGGGCUGUGCUAUGGCGGUGGCGCCGUCAUCAGUGGUGGCGCUGCCAGCCAUCUAAAACUCAUUGGCGCAGCAAACGAGCGAGGUACGCUACGAGGCAUGUCCAACCUGGGUGCGGUAACGAUAGUGAAACGAGGGCAUACUGGCGGACAGGGGAGCUUGUCGAAGAGAAGGGUGAAGAAGAAAGGGAGUUCCCCACCUCUCUUUCAGCAUGCAUCGAACCGCAAGCCGUUUCAAUGGUGUAGAUUAGAGUGUUCCCCCUAAGACGAAGGUUCGUGGGGAGGCCAGCUAGGAAUGCAUGUUGCGACAAGCCAAUGGGAGAGUAUGCUGCAAUGGCUAAUAGGACAACCCAAUUGGAGAGGCCCCGCUGCCUUACCUAGCAGGACAAGCCAAUGGGAGGGGCUCUGCCCUGUCUAACAGGACAAGCCAAUGGGGGAGAGAGAUGCUGCCAAUGCAUGGAUGCACUGAGGGCAACUGUGGAGAGUCAUUGUGUGUUGGAAGGGGAUGGGCCAAUGAGACUACAUGGCUGACUCAAUCGCCCACUGCGGCGCCACACCGUGAGCAACAUAUGAUUCAGCACUUGUCUCACCGACGUUGUGCUGGCGCCAAAACUAUAAGUAAUGAUGCCCCACUGGGCGUGCUAUCGAGCGAUUUGCUGUACACGCGGGGAUUUUGGGGGGGCUGGAUGCAACCUCACAGUAAUCGGUUUCAGACGAACGUAUUCACUAAGUCUGUAGAAUCAGAAGAACAAGAACACACAUUCUGAAAUUUCAGAAGGACUAUAAUUCAGUUUCUAGGGCAUCAGAAAUUCUAGA